CCCUCGACAAAGGACAGAGACGCAGCCUCGACGAGUAGCGGUCGUCUUUCUCCCUCUAUUUUUCUUUCUCUCUCCCUCCGACCGCUCUGGCUGGCUUUCUCGCUUGCUCCACUCUCCUUCGUCCGCGUUUCACUCGAGUUCGUCGCCGAGGAUCUCCGCCGCGGAGUCAGUAUCCCGUGAUGGUUAGGUGAGCGCGAAACGACUCGCGCUGCGUCGUUGACAAGUGAACGAUCUCCUCCUUCCCCCUCUACCCCGCCAACGGCUGAACGUUUCCGCGCAUUUUUCGUGCAGAAUUCGCGCCGAUACGUAGUCCCCCGAGACGGGCCUAGUUUGCGCGAUCCCCUCUCCUCGGUAGACGGUGGGUCCGUCGGGCCCCGACGGCGCGACGACAGAUACACCGCGAGCGUGGAAAAGUGCUCGGUCCUCGCGCAGCUGUCAGAUAUCAACCGAGCCUGCUUCUUUAUCGGUGGUGCGCGGCCAGGUUUCGUGUGCACGUAUACGAGAGGUGUGCGCAAAACACGUACGCGACCCACGCUGCACAACUUGUUCCUCUGCCAGGCCCCGAACCCAACGACCUGCGUGCAACGAAGGCCCGUUGACUGCACGGCCGUUGCUCAAUUUCUGCGAAUAACCGCCGCCGGCGCUGAACACCACGCACCCAUUUGUUGGCGGCAGUGAGUGAUGGCCCUGCGUUUGAGGAGCAGCAAGGAUGUCAAGAAGAGCUCGUACUACGUUUGGUACCUGGGCGCGAGGGAGGCCAAAGGGGUGGACGCGAUGCCCGGUGCCAUAGCUUACCUGCUCGAGCGGGAACGACUUCAGGAGCCUUUCAAGGUCACGCUGCAGGUGAGCAACAAGGGGCUGAAGAUCAUACAGACGGUUCACCCAGGUGGCUCGACGAGGUCUGCUGUUAAACAUUUGGUACCAGGACACGCUGUCCUGGCGGCUGUGCAACGAGAAGACGUCGUCGCGGCGACUCUUCUACUUCCAAACCCGGCCACCAACAAUCCUGUCCACGUACACGCGUACAGGUGCGACUCUGUCGAGACAGCUGAAUUAUUGGGGGGUCAGUUGAAGGCACUGGCGUCACAUACAGACAAUUUGGCCAGGGUCACCUCGUUGGAAAGGGUCCGCAGCAAUUUAGGCAGCGAUGGCAGGAGCACCAGGGAGUCAGAGUCCUCGGAGGGCAGCGGUGAACUCAGACACGAUCCUGUGCAGACAACCACGAUAUACGAGUCCCUGGCUGCGGAGCUACGCGCCAAAUUAGGAAGAGGGAAUUCAGGGGACAACGACGUGGGACCCAUCCUCCUGCCUCCCAGGGAUUACGAUACCGUCCACAGACACCGUGGCAAUCUCGCUGGCAUCGAGUUCAGGCGUUGCCUGAAUCAAACUAUCGUAGGUGGUAGUAUCACGGUUGACAGAGGCGGCACGAGAAGUGCUGCCAGCAGUGGAAUAGGCUCGGACAGUGCCGCUACGCCUCCGCCUUAUCAAAGCCAUCAUCCAUUGGGCCCGAGACCGUCUAGACCUUCCAGAGAUUCCUCCUCGGACGACGACUGGGGAGCUCCGACAGACGAGAACGACUAUCUCCCAGAGCCGGAGACAACGGCGACGAGUAUGACACUGCCACGAUUGCCCAGGAGCCCGGAUCGGUUGCCCAGCCAGGUUAUCAGAGGCGUUUCGCCCAGCUGCAACAGGAGCCGCAGGGCCCCAGAGUUCAGGCAACGCUCGCCGAGUCCUCAAUACCAGCCCAGAAUGAAUCCUGGCGAGGUGACCAGUCCCAGGGAGAGAUUCCAGGACGCCAAGGAAAUGUUCCGAGCCAUGGAGAGAGAGGCCAUCGCCAGGCCUGUCCUUUCCAGGCAGAGAGAAGUUGAAAGUCAUCCCGUUCACAGGGUCGAGUCGGCCAGACACGCGGACGAGGAUCAACCGGCUCGACAGCAUCCAGCCAGCAACAGUUCAACGACUGGCCACGAACACCUGAUCAGACGAAAUCAUUCGGAAGUAUCGGAACGAGAGAACGAUAUUUCUUAUAGAGCCAGGCCGCGGCCGCGAACCCAUCAUUAUGCGAUGGAACGCCCACCAGAGCAAGAGGUCUCGAGGCCCCGACCGAGGAGCUUCUACGAAAACCCGGCGGUCGGACGGGACUUCCGAGAUCAAAGGAACGUCGUCGAUCCGAGAGAAAUCCGGGACUUCCGAGACCGUGCGCACGUGCGGGAGAUACGCGAGAAGGUGCGAGCCAGGGCGACGACUUACCAGGAGCUGUCCGAGCACGAACGGUACCCUGGUCUCGAUCGCGACAGCGCCAGGCCACCCUUGGAAAUCGUCCCCACGCCGGGCAGAUACCGUCACAGCUACGCCGAGCCGCCGAGACUCGGUCUCGCCGCGCUUCACCCGUACUGAGCCAGCUCGUUGUUAACUAAUAAAUUAUUUAAUUAAUCGACGUAUCGUUAGCGUACUCGUCGCGGCUGGCCAGCGUCCUAGGCAUCGGUUUGCUUUUCAACUCGAGGGUUGAUCGAGAGUGGAAGCGGAUGAUUUGGCCUCUAUUGCGGACAACUGUGUUGUGUUCUCGUUAGUUUUUUAUGUGGGUUGAGUGCAUGAUCUAGUGGUUAAUUAGGUCUUGAUUUGUAUGCGGACGAAGUUUGAUUGUGGGAGUAAUUACUGAAGCAGGAUUCAGACGUGCCGAAGAGGUCACUCUGAUUGAUAUUUCUGAAUCCUGCUUUAGGUAUAAAUAGCGAUUAUUUUAAAGGUAUGUAGUGAGGUUCUAGAGAGAGGCUCGAAGGGUAUGUGAUGCUCUAUCACGAAGUGCCAAAUUGCCCUACUCGUUAGAAAACAGCACAUGUGUGACAUGCCUUGGGGUGCCCAGGUCCUCGUUAUAUUUCUCGGUGUUUAAGAAGUGUACAAAGUUCAUCCCGGGGAUCUGUCCUACUGUCUCUAAGACCUCGCCAUGCUGCUACCUAUUAGAUCUUUAGCACUAGUGCAACACUAGGCGCACUGUUUUUUAUCUUUUACUCUAUCGCAACAAUGCAUGGACCAGACAUUUCAUUUUCAUAACAGCACUAGAUCUUUUUGAACACUUGCACUAGGUACACCAUUUUUAGACUCUCUUUAGACACGAGUCAUGCAAUUUCCAAACAUUUUACCCUAAACUAUUCCAUUUCCUCUAAGACUGCUAUUCAAUUAACUCCUGUCAAUUGCAGACUAAUAUACAGCCCACUUAAAAAUAACUGCCUCAUGUAGUAACUCCUAUUCACUGUAAAAAUGUCCUCCAUUUUCCAUGUAGAAUCCAGUACAGUCAGGUCAUUUUGAGCUCAAGUCAAUUUUUAAUGAUUCGUAUUAUUAUUAAAUAUAUUAAUGGCAUAUAAGAUGAGACCAAGGCCAAGCUUUGAAGUCAAACGAGAUAAGAAAUAACUUGUGAGACUUUCCCGUUUCGAGCGACGUAUUCAAUGCUUGUCGCUAGCGGGUUCAAGGAAGUGCGCGCAUUUUUGCCUACGACAACGUCGAGGGCGCUGUGCUAGGUCGGAGGCGAACGGAGAUUAAAAUUUAUUAUUUUUCUUGUAUUUGCGGUACCGCGUGUCGUUGCGUCGCGGGCCGAGGUCCUCCCAGUCGAGGAUCACUUGUUGACUCUUGAAAACCCGACUCCGUGCACUAUAUUGUUAUGCGUCGGAUGCCAGACUAACGAUAACGAUAGGAAUAAUAAACAGCAAUAACAUUGACAGUAACGGUAACAAUAAUAACGGUUGAUAACAAUAAA